UAACAGUUAACAGUUUAAAAUUAUAAAAUUUUAUAAAAAUAUGUUAAAUAAAAGCAUAGAAAUGAGUAAACAAAAUAAAAAUUCUUCAUCAACAAACGAUACUUUCCAAAAUAAUGUAAAAACUAUCAAACGGUCAUAUCUCCAACUAACCUAUUUAGAUUAUCUAAAACAACAAUACGCUAAGGAAUUCGUCAUGACAAUGCAAGUCGAUCAUUUAAAAGACGGAUUUUUGAAAGGAAGUGAUAAGUGGAAGCCUUUAGAAAAUAUACAUAAAAUUAGAACGAUCAAUCACCUGGAAAACAAGAUUGAUGAACACAUAACGGAAAAAGCGUCUGAUGAAGCUUUUAAUAAACCAUUAAAAAAAUCUAAUAUUUUUAAAGAUAUAUUUCGAUUUAAAACAAAAAAACCUAUAGACAAAGAGAUAGAUGGAUUUGUUUGGUUGGAAGAUCCUCAAGAUGUAAAGAAAAAUUAUUUGCGUUGGAAAUUAAGAAAAUAUUUUCUACAAGAUCCGGAACUAGACAAAGCCAAGCACAAAGAUGGUGAGGAUUAUAUGUUUGAGGAUUUUGUGUUGGUAGAACCUGAUAUACAAAAAAAUCUUAAACAUGAUAAUAAAUUAAAAAAUGGUUUAAUAGAUUUUACCGCUGGAUCUUUAGGUGGUAUUGCCCAAGUUUAUGUCUCUCAGCCCUUGGACACGGUUAAGGUGAAGCAACAAACUUUUCCCAAGCUUUAUAAAAACAUGUUUAAAUGUUUUCUUCAUACCUAUCGUAAAGAUGGCUUAUGUCGGGGCCUUUACGCCGGCACUUUACCAGCUGUAGUCUCUAGUGUAGCUGAAAAUUCAGUAUUAUUUGCGGCCUAUGGUGCUUGCCAAAAGGUGGUUGCUUUUGUUAUGGAUAUAGAAGAGAUUAGUGAAUUGUCAGCAUUGGGAAACGCUUGUGCUGGAUUUUUGGCUGCCUUUUUUUCUACAUUUACGCUGUGUCCCACGGAGUUGAUUAAAUGUAAAUUACAAGCGGUUCAUGAGAUGAAACAUUAUGUGACAAAAGGCAGUACGGCGAAACCAAUAACGACCUUUAAACUAACACAAGACAUAUUCUUAACUGAAGGGUUUUCCGGUUUUUAUCGUGGCCUAAGCUCAACUUUUGCUCGUGAAUUACCCGGAGUAUUCUUCUUUUUUGGUAGCUACGAAGCAACUCGAGAAUUUUUAGCAGAACCCGAUCAGUCCAAAAACGAUAUUGGCCCACUUAAAACAAUGUGUGCGGGUGCUAUUGGUGGUAUUGUUUUAUGGACGGUGACAUUUCCAGCCGAUGUAAUUAAAACACGUAUACAAAUCAAUAAUAUAAAAGGUUCUAUGCUGUCAGUUGGUUCAGAUAUACUGCGUAAAGAGGGUAUAUUGGCAUUUUAUAAUGGUCUGCUUCCCUCAAUUUUGAAAACAAUUCCCGCCACGGCUGUAUUAUUUUUAGUUUAUGAAUAUUCUAAGAAAGUUUUAGGGGAGCAAUUGUGAUGAUGUGAAAAGUCGAGUUACUAUCGUUGCAAAUAAACAUCUAUACUAUAUGAAAGAGACGCAA